UUCAUACCUAAUAGGCUUGCUCACCUAUUCUCCUUUCUGGCCACAGGCAACAAUCAAUCAAACAGUCAAUCUUGAGGUUAAUAUUUAACAGAUUGCAUAGUUUAUUGUGCACAGAAACUCCAAAAGUCCUUAAACGAUUCCAAAGAGGUCUGCAAAGAUGAUGAUUUCUCCAAAGCGGAUUGGUUUUUUUUUUUUUUUUUUCUCUCUGUGUGUGGCAGAAUUACAUGGAGCCACAGACUCUGAAAUCAGCUUUUGGGACACUGUGAAGGAUCUGAAGCAACGGCUAGAACUGACAGAAGCCCAGGUGCAGAGUCUGAAGAGCCAAAAUGAAGACCUAGAGAAGCAAGUGGAAAAAAUCACAAAGGAACUGAAGACUGUAGUGGCAUUCACCGCCACACUACAGACUGAGAAUUUACAUGAAGUUAUUGGACCUUUCCCAGAGGAUUUUACACUAAAAUACGAGAAUGUCAUUACAAAUGACGGAAUUGCUUAUGAUCCAAAUACAGGCAUGUUCACAGCACCCGUGAAAGGGGUCUACUUUUUCACCUUUGUCAUUUUCAACCCGUGGAAAAACGCCACUGGGGCAAAGUUGAUGAAGAACGGGGAAAUGGUGGUCUCAGCGUCGGAUAAUCCACCUGGAGAGGACACAGAAGACACAACGUCUAACUCUGUCACUCUCCUGUUGGAACCGUCAGACACGGUGUACAUGCAGAUGUUUGCUAACAGGGCCGUCUACACUGACGGAAACAGGCGCAAUACUUUCAGUGGCUUCCUCCUCUCUGCCAAGUGAGUCAGAGGUGUCUCAUUUUCUAUAGUAAAAGUGACAUUUCCAUGUCCUUCUAUAUACAACGCCUGUUGAGGCGAAAUCAAAACUUCCAUCUAUAUUAAUCAUAAUUGACUGUAAGUGCAUAAUCUCACAUCUAACCUAAUGACCUGCUGUACUUGAGAUUUUAAAGAUUAACAAUGAACUACAACUGAAAAAAAUAUUCCUGAACAUCUUUUGAAUAGGCAAAGAAUUUUACAUGAAAUAGAACAGUGCUGGCAGUGAUGUCUUCUUUUACAGUCACUGGGUUUUAACUUUGAUUGCCAGUAGCUAAUAUGUGCCUUCAGUUUAGAUCAACAGUAGUCACUGACUUAAUGGUUGUUUUGACCUUUGAGCUGAUGACAUGGCAUCAAGGGGGUUGUGUAAAGUACCUGCACUGUCACACAAGCACAUUGUGAUCAUUUCAUUACAAUAGCAGCCGCUUGCCAGAGAAAGAAUAAACUCAACAUAGAUGUAAGUUAAAGCUAAUUCCAAAGACAGCCAUCAUGCUAGCAAAUUAGCCUUCAAGCCCAGGGAAGGGAUGUACAAAAAGUGAAGUGACAACUAUAUAACUGUAUAUUUGUAUACAGUUACACAGCGAUGUGAUUUGUUUGAUAGCAAAUCCUUUGGGUUAAAAAUCAAUAAACAAGUAACAUGUUUUGUGGU